AUGACCAGCUACAGCACAGGCGACCAGGCAGGCAAUUAUUUCCAGACCGAUGCAUCUUUGGUUGAACAUGAUCGGAAACGCCAGAAAGCAGCAAACACAUUGGGAGAUCCAGUCCAAUUCCCUACAAAGUUGCUAGCUGUUGGUAUCAACUACUAUCUUGACGCUACUGGAGAUGUUGUCUUUGUCGCCGAGGCCGCGGGGUCGGUCUCGGGCCUGCGGUUAUCCACAAACGAGAUAUCCACAAUGCCCAAAGGCCCUCAGGCUCCCUUAACUAGCCUUGCCUUUUCCACAGCACAGCCCAGCAAAGGGCCCAACCCUGUCACCCACGUCUUCGCUGGAUGUUGGGACAAGUCGAUAUGGAAGUAUUCGUUGCAGGGACCUACAAUCAUCGAUCAAAGCUCAAUUCUUGCUCACCAAGACUUUGUGAAAUGCCUUCUUGUUGUCCGAACUCCAGAUAAGCAAGAUAUCUUGAUAUCGGGUGGAGCUGACGGUGACGUGCGCCUCUGGAGCCUCGAUGGACAGCCACUUAAUUCGGUCAAGCCCAAUGCCCGAGGCAUCGAAUGCCUUGCGUUAGACCCUCUCUCUUCACCCGAUUCUCCUACUGUGGUGCUUUCGACAUCUCAGCGGGAAAUUUUCUCUUUUCCUCUCCCAGCGCUAUCAAACCUCACUACGCAAAAAAUUGGACUGUCAUCCCCUAUCACGGUGCAUGCCACGAGUGUGUACAAGCUGCACUUCGAUGAGGACGGAGAUCUAUGGACAGCCUCGGCAGACAAAACAGCCAAACACCUCUUGAGGGACGAGGGAUGGAAGGUUGAGAUGACACUGACGCACCCCGACUUUGUGCGGGAUGUGGUCACACACGAUAAAUAUGGCUGGGUGGUGACAGCCUGUAGGGACGAGAAUGUGCGAGUGUGGAACAGGGCGACUGGUGACCUCCACCACGUUUUCACCGGGCACUACGAAGAAGUAACAGGACUGUCUCUGGCACGGGACCUGGUCAUCAGUGUCAGUAUUGAUGCGACACUUCGAAGAUGGAGCCUGGCCCCGGCGGAUCUGAACAAGGCUGUGCAAGAGGCUACGAAUCCACGGCUUCUCGAACAGGAACCUGAACCCAACGCGGAUCUAGGGAUGUUGACAGAGGAGGAAGAAGCAGAACUCCGCGCUUUGAUGGAGGCAGAAGAGGAAGAGGCGCUGGAGAAGCUGGCCAUGGACGAGCAAUAA